AAGCCAUCCAUACUCAAACAAUUUUGCGGGAUGUUGUAACUGAUGUCAAACACCAUUAACGCUCACAAGUCGGAUAAAUUUAUCAAUUGUGCAGACUGCUGGUGCAACAACUAACGGAGCAUUAUCCAGUGUCAUGUAAAGAUGUCUUCAUUAGUGGCCUAUGAAGAUUCAGAAUCAGAGGACGAUUCCUUGGAUCAAAGGGAGGAGGCCACUGCAGCAGCUUCUGUCCAAACUGAAAAAAACAAAGGAGCGGUGGUUCGUAAUGACUCCAACGCAACUCUCGGCCCUAGAGGUUUUUCUCCUGACCAGACAGUGGUGGAGUGUCGUGGAAAUAUCUCAGAAACGGCCAGUUCUGACUGGGGGAGAAACUGUUAUGGUAGUGGCACAGCAGAAGACACGCAUUUCAGAGAUGCUGCAGCUCCCCUGAGCUUACCUGUAACUCAGAGGAAGAUCGCUCUCCCAUGCAUGCCACUAACCUCCGGCAGUGUUUCAAACCCAGCAAAAAGACAACCAACUGUCCCGUCUGGUGUCAGGCCGUACAUCCCUAAGAGGCAAAGGCUUGCCACUUCAGUGGAGACACUGGACUCAAAGUGCCCAGCAGACCAAGUCCUAGGGAGUCAGACCAAGGAAAGCCAAAUUCUCUCAGAUGUGUCAGCAAGUCUGAAGCCGUAUCUUGCUCAAAAGCCCAGCGCAGCAGGAAUACCCAGGAAGCUUCUGAUGAGCCUGGGAGGCCACCAGGGCCCAGUCAACACGGUGCAAUGGUGUCCUUUGCCUCAUCUCAGUCAUCUGCUACUGUCAGCCUCAAUGGACAAGACGUUUAAGGUGUGGGAUGGAGCAGAGAGCGGGCGAUGCCUCAGGGUUUACACCUGCCAUUCGGGAGCCGUGCGUGACGCCUGCUGGACCCCCUGCGGGCGACGCCUUCUCACCGGCUCAUUUGACAACACGGCUGUGAUCACGGACGUGGAGACGGGGCAGCAGUCGGUGAAACUGGACAACCAGUUCAAGGUGAUGUGCGUGGCCCUGCAUCCUAGCAACCCAGAAGUGUUCCUGUGUGGAGGUUACAGUUCAUCAGUCAAGGCCUGGGACUCGCGCAUCUGCAAGGUAGUGAAAGUGUACAAAGCAGGCAUCCAGCAGACCUUGGACAUCCUCUUUCUUAGAGGUGGAGCAGAUUUUAUAACAAGCUCUGACUGCGUGAGCAGAGACUCUGCAGACCGCACCCUCAUCGCCUGGGACUACCAGACCACAGCCAAGGUCUCCAACCAGAUCUACCAUGAGCGUUACACGUGCCCAAGCCUGGCUCUCCACCCACUGGAGGAGUCCUUUGUUGCCCAGACCAAUGGGGACUACAUAGCAGUGUUCUCCUCUCAGCAGCCCUAUAGGAUGAACAAGAGGCGCCGCUUCGAAGGACACAAGGUGGAAGGAUAUGCGGUACACUGUGACUUUUCCCGGGAUGGAACUAUCCUGGCCUCAGGCAGCUCCACGGGCUCCGCUCACUUCUACGACUACCACAACACUCGUAUGCUGCACACCCUCCGCGCUCACAGCCAGCCCUGCCUGUGCGUGUCUCAGCAUCCCGUCCUCCCCACGACCGCGGCCACAUGUGACUGGGCUGGUGAGAUUAAGGUCUGGUGCUGAGCGUGGACUAGUAAAUAUGGACACCAAAAAGCAAUUGGUUGACUGUGAGAAGGAAGACUCCGUUAAACUCAAAAGUCAUGCACAUUCAUCUUCAAGACUCUAACUUCACUAAUAAAAUGGAAGAACAGUUGGUGCAUUUGCACGUUCUGCAUGUCCGACUAAUUCUCACCUCCCCCAAUCCCCUCAUGGUUCAAGGGCCCAGCAUUUGCAUAAAGUGUUUGUUAAAUUAUUAAUUUAUACUUUUAAUAUCAACUGAAUGCUCUGCUUUUUAUUUUGGAAUCCAGAAACGUGUUUUUUUAAUAGCUAACCUCUGUAGCGCCUGUAACAAAGUUUUCCAUUGAGGCACAAAGAAGAAGCCGAGGAAGAAACCGCAGACGAAUUAAGCCCCGUUUAGACAAACUUUUAUAUGAUGUCUUAAAACGAUCAAGAUCUGUGAGUUGUGAUGCAAAAGAUGCAAGACUGAAUCACUGGAACAGUCAAGUAAGUAUUUUGAUUAUAAAAUACUGAUUUUUGUUGUUAUAAAGUUGUGUUUUAAAUAGCACCUUCUCGAUAUUUCUCAUUGAUGGAUAUACACAUCAGAUAUCCAUCCAGGCUUCUGAAAUGUAGCAUUUAAAUUAGAGCUAUGACCAGUGUCUUCCCUGGUGCUUUCACUCUCCGUUGCACAAAACUCAACAACUUGUUUGUCCCAGCUGUUACCCAAUCCUAGUGAUUCACUGGAUGCUGUGCACUACAGUUUUAGGGUUGGGAUCAGGGGAGGCCAGGGUUCAAAACUGUCGGGAGGGCUGGGGUAUAGGAGGAAAGUCAAGGAAACAGGAUGCUAUGCCUAAAGGAUGCUUUGUUCUCAUCUUCUAUAAUCUCUUGGCGCAUGAUAACACGAGCCUGGCAAAAAAAAAAAAAGAAAAUGCUGAAAGUCAGCAGAUCUGUUAUCUGCUAAUGUCUUUGAAGAACCGUCUCUGACACUGUGUAUCUUGCAAAGCUUUCACGUUUUAUUAAAAAAAAAAUCACCCCUA